AUGGAUAGCUACAAAUAUAGGGUUGAGAUACAGCAGAUGAUGUUCGUCUCCGGGGAGAACAACGAUCCUCCCGUGGAGACGACAUCGCUAAUAGAGGAUAUCGUCAGGGGCCAAGUGAUUGAAAUCCUCCUGCAGGCGAGCAAAACUGCAUUUGCUCGCAACAGCAAGAGCAUCCUACCUGAGGAUGUGAUUUUUUUGAUCAGACACGACAAAGCAAAGGUGAACCGUUUGCGGACGUAUUUGUCAUGGAAAGACCUGCGGAAGAAUGCCAAGGACCAGGAUGCCCAGGCGCAGGCAGCGGGUGCCAGCGGCACGGCGGCAGGUGCGGGGCCAGCAGGCCCUGCGGAAGAAGAUGAGAAGAAGGAGAAGGAUGCGGGAGCGAUGAUGAAGGUCAAGAAGUCAUCCAUGAAGCUUCCGUGGGAAUUGCAGUUCAUGUUUAAUGAGCAGCCAUUGGAGCACAACGAAGACGACGAUCUCGACGAGGACGAGCGGGAAGCGAACAUGGCCACACUUAAGCGCCUAAAGAUGGCGGACGACCGGACACGUGAUAUGACUAAGGAGGAGUAUGUGCACUGGUCCGACUGCCGGCAAGCCAGUUUCACGUUCAGAAAGGGCAAGAGGUUCAAGGACUGGUCCGGGAUCUCCCAGUUGGUGGACGGCAAGCCGCACGAUGAUGUGGUGGAUAUUCUAGGGUUCCUCACUUUUGAGAUCGUGUGUUCUCUCACGGAGGCGGCCCUGAAGAUCAAGAAACGCGAGGAGAUGCUCAAAAGCGAAAAGGACAAAAAUCUCCAACCGGCGCUGGAUGGCAUGACUAUCGACACUCGGAAACGCAAGAAGAGGUUGUUUGAUGGCCCAGACAACUUGGUCAAUCCUUUAAAACCAAAGCAUAUUGAAGAGGCAUGGCGUGUGCUACAGGCGGUCGACAAUAAGCAUCGUGCGCUGUCCAACUUCAAAGGCGGCAGGCUUUAUUCCCGUUUGGUUAUUAUGUGA